AACUGAAAACUUUUCAAGGCAGCAAUAAACUAAUCCUCUCCAGCUUCCAGAGCACCAUCAAGGAAUUUUAAAAACAUUGGACUUCCAGCAGCUAAAUACUUCUCAGGAUUCAGAAGGCCACAAAGCUAGAUACUCGAGCAUUCUUUUUCCUUUCAGAAGAUUCUUCAGGUUUCCAGUUUAAGCUGUGCAGCGCAAACAACAAUCCAACACUCAGUGCAGAUCACGCACUGCAGGAAGAGGAGAUGUGUUUUCUGACCAAGCAUCCAGCUCUUGGGGUGGUAUGUUCUGCUUUCAUAUUCAGCGUGCUCAUUGCUGAAGGACAGCCUGGGGAAGAGCAUGGGCAGGAUGGCAGCAAUCCUCCCAGCAGAGGCUCUCUGGUGGAAGUUUUACGCGUUCUCUCAGCUGAAAACACUGAGCUCCACAUGAACCACUCACGAGAACUGGUCAAAAUGUUACUGGAGAGAGCUGAAUGCCCACAGCGGAUUUAUGGCAUGCAAGAGGAUUGUAAUCUGUGCCUUGAACCAGAUGAUUUGUUACUGAUAGCUGGAGGAGAUUUAGAAGAUCAUCUCAGUGAAGAAGUAUUUGAGAGAAUUUCUCUUAUUCUUCUCUACUACAUUCUUCAUCGUAGAGAUAUGUGUUCUUCAGAAUUCAGUUUGAAUGAUAAGGAUUACAAAUUUUACCUACAGAGUAUGCUUAGUUUAAGACAUGAUGAAGACUGUUAUUAUUUUUCACGGAAUGAAACUGAAGAUAUUUUAGCUGCAGUAAGGCAACAUUUUAAAACUUCUGAAAACCAGUGUGUUGAUGUGAGCACUCUGGAGAAAAAUGCUGAUAUAAUGGACAGAGAUGGUGCUGAUGAAAACACUCUUCCACGCCUGGCUGCUUUAAUCCUUACUCUGGCUCUCCAAGGAGUCUGUAUGGGGAAAGCAAGUUUGCCUUCCCCAGAAUUCUUUAUAAAAUAUAUUUUCAGUUCUCUAAAUAGUACCACUGAGCUCCAAGUGACAGAACUAGAACAACUACUCAAUGUGCUUAGAGUCAAAAAGACCUGCACUGUAAAUGGACAAUUUCACAGUCACAAAAGAAGACGUUACAGUGUGGCAAUCAGAGAUACUGGAAGAAGAAACACUCCAGUCAAAGGAAACCAUACAAAAGGAGACCAUCUGAAAGGCUAUUUUGAAGAUCGUGAAAGGAACACAGAUUGGGACCAGGUUUGUUUCUCUGCCAAUGAACUUGUGAAGAUAUUUUUGAAAAACAGUUCUUCCUCCAUUUCUAAGGACCACUUCAAGCAAAUCAGUCCAGCUAUCAUUCAACAGCUUUUAAGUUGUUCAUGUCAGCUUCCUGAUUUCAAACAGACAAAGCUUCCACCAACAACUAUGGAAAAAUAUGGUUACAGCACUGUUGCUGUUUUACUUAUUACUAUUGGAUCUAUGUUUGGUACAACUCUCAUUUUAUUUAACUCCUGUCAAGAAAUCUAUACACUCAUUUUACAGCUGUUUGUCGGUUUGGCUGUUGGAACCCUUUCUGGAGAUGCAUUGCUACAUCUUAUUCCUCAGACUCUUGGUUUGCAUAAACAUGAAGCACAAGAGGUAGAACAUUUCUAUGAGGGAAAAGAAUAUAUUUGGAAACUUUUGGGAAUAAUUGGAGGAAUUCAUGGAUUUUUUCUGAUAGAAAAGUGUUUCUUUCUUUUGGUAACACCUCGUGACCAGGGCCUUUCUUUAGUUAAUGGGCACUGGGGACAUUCCCAUGAUCUUCCAGUGGAGUCUGAAUUAAAUGAGCUUUCAGGCAGAGGCAAAUCUACUUCAACCAUACAGUUGAGAAGCCCAGAAGAUUCGGAACCUGCUGAAGUUCCUCCAGACAGCAAGGUGAUCAGCAAAAAAAGUAAAAAAAUCAGCUUGUUAGCAAUAAUGGUUCUGGUGGGCGACAGUCUUCACAAUUUUGCUGAUGGCUUGGCAAUAGGAGCAGCAUUCUCAUCCUCAACAGAAACAGGUGUGACAACGACUGUUGCUAUUUUAUGCCAUGAAAUUCCUCAUGAAAUGGGAGAUUUUGCUGUGCUGCUAAGUACAGGGCUCCCAACGAAGAUUGCAAUUUUGAUGAAUUUUAUAAGUGCACUAACAGCAUUCUUAGGACUUUAUAUUGGCCUUUCUCUAUCAACUGACCCAUCCAUUCAAAACUGGAUCUUUACUAUUACAGCUGGAAUGUUCUUGUAUUUAUCUUUAGCAGAAAUGCUUCCUGAAAUGACUCAUAUUCAGACACGGCGACCCUGGUUGAUGUUUCUCCUACAGAACCUUGGAUUACUAUUAGGCUGGCUUUGCCUCUUACUUUUGGCUGUAUUUGAACAGAAAAUUAAAAUAUAAGUUUUCUGUUGGAAAUCUCAAAGUACCACUUAUGACAGUGGAUAUAGCAUUAUUCACAAUUUUGUUAUGUCUGCCAUAGUAAUAUGUAAAUUAAGUUGCUGGGAUUUUAUAUCUGAACAGUAGAUAACUAUUUUACUUUAUUAACUUAUUGUUCAGAUUUUUGUAAUUAUUUUUUUGUAAACAUGAAUGUUUAGAAUUCUGUUAUAUUUGUUACUGAAUUUACCAGAUCCCAUGCUCAAACUCACAGGAGCUUUUGAUUAGUUUUUAUUGAGACUGUUCUAGUUGAAUGUUCUAAGUGAUCUCUGCCAGUCUGAUUGAGGAAAAGAAUAAAACACUUUUAUAUGCAAUAAUUAAAAUGGACUAACCAUAGUUGAAUAAUUUGAAUAUGGAAUGGUUUUUUGCCUUUUAGUAUUAAGAACUAUUUCUUUAAAUGUAAAAAGCAUAGCAAAGCUGAACUGCUAAAUGGCAUAAAGCAAUCUCAUAAAGUUUGCACUUUAUACUUUGUCAACGUAAAGAUUCUCAUCAGUUACAUCUUACUGGACCACUGUGGCAGGAAAAAAUGACAAGUGUAAAUGUUGAAGUUUAUGAUGCAGAAAUUUGGGAAUACUCUUUUUGGACUAUAAUGCAAUUUCUCAUAUGUGUGAUGGAACCUGUGACAGUCAAGCACUGGACUAACCACCUUUUGCAUUGUCUCACCUCUGGUGGUUGCUUAUAGCAACUCCUUAUGAAGAAUUACAAAAAAUAUGUUUAAAUUGCAUUACCCUGAUAUGCCUUCCAAGCUCCUCAAAUGAGGGGAUUUCUUAUUGCUUCUGAGACAUCACAUUCAAUAAACACUUGCCUUCCUGUCAGCAAUUAGCUUAAUCAUAGUUAUGUGAUGUGCAUUGUGGAAAGAGCUUUUUCAAUUGUCUAGAGAUCAUGUAGCCUCACUGCAACUCCUCCCAUACUGAGUGAUUUUUGUGUAAUUUGUCCUCUCGAUUUCAAGUUAAUUCUGCAGAAGUUGAGAUGAUUAAUUUAAUUUAGUUUUGCAGAACCAGGUCUGAAACAAAUAUACAAAGCUGAGCAGAUUCCAGGAGGAAUUGAAUAACACUCAGCUGUGUGAUUUCAGCUCUUUACAUGAUCUCAAUUUCUGGUGCAAGGACUUCUUCGCUACCUUAUUUAUACUUUUGUAUGAGAACUAAAUUAUGUUCUUUCUUUCUCCUCUGAUGGGCUGUGGAAAUAGGGAGAGCAAGUUACAGAACAGACAUUUAUUCUUUAUGAAGCAACUGGAAGUUUUCUUUUCUUUGUCUAAACUCUGUCCUGAAAUAUCUCUACAUUAUGACACACCACGACUGUG